UUGUACCAAAUAAGUGUUCAUCUAUUACAGAUAGGACUGAACGAGAAGUUGGAGCAGACAUGGGGACGAUUGUGCCGAGCUCUGAGUGAAAACGAAGCUAAACUGAAUGUCACCGAAGCAUUUAACACCACUAUUAUUGAGGUGAAUCAUCGCAUAGAGGAACUUGGUCUCAAGGUGAACGAUGUUCGUGAUUCACAAUUGAGUCCGGAAAGGAUCUGCUCAGUCGAACGACGACGUCUCAACAACGACAUACAAGAACUGCGACAUAUUGCUGACAUGCUGAUAGCCCAAGUGAACGCAAAUCACAACGUCACGCCAGAAGCUCGGCAAACAGCGAUUGCAUCAAUUCGAAGAAAAGUGGAUGGUGUCGAUUCAGCUCAUCGCCGAAUGGAGAGCAUGUUCAUGGAGGCGGCUAGCUCAAGUCGCAGUCAAUCCACACAUCGUCUUUCAAUAGAUCAACAAUCGCCUUCAGAGGACUUGUCACGUCCUUAUUACCACAUUGCCGGCAUGGCUCGACGACCAUCGGGUCAAAGUCUGCCACCCGGUACUGCUCAACCCAUAGGUAGUAUACGUCUGAGUGAUACUGAGAGUUACUUAUAA